CGCCGCCGCCGCCGCCACCUGCUGCCCGCUGCGCCUGCACGGCCAUCUGGCAGCUUCUGCAAAUCCCAAAUCCAAGUCUCCCGCAGCGAUCAAACGCCGCCCCGAAAAAUCCCCAAAAAAAGAAGGGGAAAAUAACACAGCAGCAUGAACUGCUUGAGGAACUCGCGUUCCGUCCUCUCGCGACUCCUCCGCCACAGGCCCCACGUAGCCGCGCCGCCUGCUCCGGCGCCGGUUCCGCAGUCGCCGGCCUCUCGGUACUACUCUUUCUACGCCUCCCGCAUCCUCCGCCACAAGCCCGCCGUCUCCACACCGCCGCCGCAGUUACCCGGCCCUAGGCACUACUACACCUCCCCGCGGCGGCAGGAGGUCAUCCACUUCAGCCGCCGCCGCGGCGGGUCCCGGUGGUACCACGACCAGCGGAAGCUCACCGCGGCGGUCCUCAUCACCGGGGGUGGGGCGGUCGCCUUCUACUUCGGCCACCUUGAGGCCGUGCCCUACACCAACCGCACCCACCUCGUCAUCCUCUCGCCCAAGCUCGAGCGCCAGCUCGGCGAGUCCCAGUUCGCCGAACUCAAGGAGAAGUUCGGUCCCAAGAUCCUGCCCCCGCUCCACCCCGACAGCAUCCGCGUCCGCCUCAUCGCCUCGGAGAUCGUCCGCGCCGUCCACCGUGGCCUCGCCGGCCACCAGCGCUACGACGCCUCCUACGGAGAGGACGCAUCGUAUGGGUAUGGAGAUAUCUCCGACGACCAGACCAUCAAGAACCGCGACGCCGACGCUACUGCCGCGAUGCUUGGUGGGUCCCCUCGCAAGAACGCGAGAGCGGCUGCCGCGGCCCAGAGAGACGACGAGGUUCUGGAUGACAGGUGGGUCACCGAGAGCCGGUGCCGUGGUAAGGCCCGGGGAGCGCAGCCACAGACGGGUCACCUUGACGGGCUCAAUUGGGAGGUGAUCGUUGUCAGAGACAACAUAGUCAAUGCAAUGUGCCUUCCCGGUGGCAAGAUUGUAGUCUUCACUGGAUUGCUAGACAAAUUCAGGGCCGAUGCGGAGGUUGCCACUGUGAUUGGGCAUGAGGUUGGGCAUGCUAUUGCAAGGCACGCCGCAGAGCAGAUCACAAAGAACAUGUGGGUGGCAAUCCUACAGAUUGUCAUCCUGCAGUUCAUCUACAUGCCAGACUUGAUAAAUGCAAUGUCAACAUUACUCCUUAGGCUGCCCUUCUCACGGAGGAUGGAGAUAGAGGCUGACCACAUUGGACUCCUGCUACUGGGUGCUGCUGGUUAUGAUCCACGCGUAGCCCCAUCGGUCUAUGAGAAACUAGGAAAGAUUGGAGGAGAUUCAGCACUGAGCAAUUACCUCUCAACUCAUCCUUCGAGUAAGAAGAGAGCGGAGCUUCUCUCACGAGCCCAUGUCAUGAACGAGGCACUGGAGUUAUACAGGGAAGUUAGUGCAGGUCAAGGCACUGAAGGUUUCCUCUAGAUUCUGGGAUUCACUCCUCUGCUUGUUCCAAAUGCCUGACAAAAAGGCUGGUCAUCCUAGCCUCAUUAGUGGUGGCCUGUGCAUUUUGCAUCUGAGUGAUUCAUGUCUAUGCCUGGAAGAUGAAAGAAUGUGUUUAUGUCCCUUGUUAUUUUCAGCUGUUCUCUUGCUGAAUGGGCCCUCUGCAACACCCUAAACUGGAGCAUAGCUGCUUCAAUUGUGAUUAGGAAAAGGAAACCAAGUAUACUAUCUCCAGUCAUAUUUUACUUGACGUUGCAAA